AUGGGACCAGAGUUUGUCUACCGCCUUCUUCACGGGACGCCCCUGAUUCAGCGUGAUAUGGUGAUUUCCAAUGGAAUGGAAGACCUGCUUAGCUCCUUCCCUAACAUGUAUGUGACGGAAGAUAUGAUGGUUCCUUUUCUUUAUCCUGCAGAUCGGCACGCAGUUCAAGAUUAUGAGCAGCUUUGGUCGACUUUGCCAUCUAUCGAGCAACCUAACCUCGAAUGGAAACAGGUGCAUGUGCUACCUGAGACACUGGGACAAACUUUUGAAGAAGCUAUUGAUGUCGAUUGUGCGCCUAAAUCUGUAUGGCGCUGGGGUUAUGCUAUAUUUGAUGACGAAAGGUUGAGGGCAUGGAAAGUGCCUUUGGCGGAAUUUCGUUUGGGCCACGAGCCCGAAUUUGCAGUUUAA